AGUAAACCCUACAUUCCAUAAAGUUUUACUUUGGCAUCUUGUCUGACAUGUGAAUGAAUUAAUAGCAUUUCUCACAAAUACCACUGAGGUGCUUAUAAGCGCAUUUUACACACUGGAAAUUCACUGUACCCAGAAGAUACCCAACCCAGAGCGCUUCGGGACUGAGUGUAUUCGCAGUACAGGAUUAACUGAAAAUGAUUUGGAUGCACGCUGUCAUUGUGUUCCUGUGUCUUUGUCCAAUCCGCGCUGCGUUUGGGCAGGACUGUCCCAGCAGGCAGGACAUGCAGAGCUCCCUAAAGCAGGUCCAGAAGCUGCUGUCGACCCACGAGGCUGCAUACCUUCAGAGCCUCCGCACCCUGAGGAAGAAACUCAACUUGCUACAGAACACAGCCACCAAACAGACUGGCAAAGUAAACAAUGAUACCUGUCUAAAGCUGGACACGCCUGCCAACAGCAGGAAGUUGGGAAAAGCGCAGACCCCAGGUCACGAGGUUCACUUUCUGUGUGAUGCGGGUUAUGAGUUGGUGGGAGCAGAGAGCAGGAUGUGUCUGGAGAGCCUCACCUGGAGCGGCCAGCAGCCCACCUGCCGCAACAUAAAUGAGUGUGCCUCGUCUCCCUGUCUGAACGGGGGGACGUGUGUGGACGAGAUGAACCAGUUCUCCUGCACGUGUACCAAAGGCUGGGCCGGAGCCACCUGCCAGAGCCCUGUGCCAACAUUCUUUGUCACCAUGACGAACACCUCGUCUGCCACCUCCUCUGCGGCUGCUGCCAUCUCUCCCCCGGCUGUGACUGUUGGUCCGUUUGUCCGUCCGUCUCGCUGUACGCAGGUCCAGGGCACUACCCACUGCACCUGUGACCCCGGAUACACCAUCUCUGGGCGUGACAGCACCACUUGCACAGACGUUGAUGAGUGUGAGUUGUUCCACAUGGGUCAGGCUGGCCGGCUGUGUUUACAUGCCUGUGUUAACACCCCUGGAGGCUACCGCUGUACCUGUCCUGCUGGAUACAAUGUCACCCGCGACGGACGCAACUGCAAAGACAUAGAUGAGUGUGCCACCAGACUGAAUAACUGCACCCGGGAGCAGAUGUGUAUAAACACCUACGGAGGGUUCCAGUGUGUACGUGUGGACUGCCCCCGCAUACGAAACUCCACCUACAGCAAAACCUCACCCCUGCGUUGCGAGCGUAACCCCUGCUCUGUGGACAACAAGGUGUGCUCUCAGGCCCCUAACUCCAUCUCCCACCACUACCUGUCUGUCGUAUCCAACCUGUCAGCACCACGCACCAUGUUCCGUGUGUCGGCCCUCCGCCUCAUGGGCGACACGCUGCGUUUCUCCCUGCUGGGCCGCGGGCAGGCCCGACGCCACUUCACGGUGCAGCGGUCAGACCGACAGACAGGCCAGCUGGUGCUGGGGAGCCCGGUGCAAGGCCCUGCUACACUGGAGGCAGAGGUGGAGAUGACCGAGCUGGAGAAAGGGGUCCAGCUGGGGCGGUACAUCACCAAGAUCACCAUGUUCAUCUCCCAGUAUGAGUUCUAGAGAGGGAGAGAGUAAGGUAGGGAUUUAGAGGGUGGAAUGAAGAGAGGGAGGAGGGAGUACUGUGGUAAGAGUUUUUGAGUGUGGCAGUGGAUAGGGCUGGGAGGCUGGGAGGGGUGAGGCACUAAGUCCUAAGGAACAAAGAAGGACUAAAAGGAGAGGGAAGUUUAGUCGAGACAUACAGGUAUGGCAGUAACGGAUGCAUUUGGUCGAGUUGUAUCAAUUAUAAUGACAGAAAGGGAAUGUUUCAGGUAAGGUUUAGGGGGGUGAGAAAUUAGGGAGGGUCAGAGACAUGAAAACGAGAAAAUGGCCACUUGUGGUGGAGAUGGAAUGUUUCCUCACUGAAGCUGAGAGAGUGAGAGAGAGCUGGGUAUGUAAAUACGAGCUGAAGUCCUUAACUGGUUAAUUGUUUUACAUCCAACAUAUGACAAAAUGACAAUCAAUAUCUGUAAGAUGAGAAGACAUGACGCUACACAUUGACAAUCCUAUAUUUCCUGGUCUUGUGUUCAACUUGUUUUGAUAUAUUUAUUUUGAAGGUGUUGUAAACCCCUGUUUGUGAACUGCUUUUUAUUUAUCUGAGAAAGCACUAUUAAACAUUUAUU